GCAGUCAGUUCACAUGAAACAGCGAAGCUGCGAAGUUUGCCAGAAAAAAAUUAUUCGAAAGCGCGUUUUCAUUAAAUAAUAAUUUUUGAAAAACAUAACACAAACAUAAUCUUCUCAAUUCGAUUUGAGAAACAACUUUUGAGUUUGAUCAACAAGUUUAUAAUAUGAAAAUAUUUUGUUUGUCACAAAACCGAUUGACAGAACCAGUUCAAUUUUGAACCAAGCAUACUAAAAUGGGCAAACAAUGCUUGUGGCUGGACUACCGAUUAGUUCUGUUACUAACUGGAGUAGUAUGCGCUUUCGAAGUGGAUCAGCCGUUUGCAAUACAUGUGGACGUCAGAAGAACUCUUGACGAUUCCAUGCGAAUCGGGAAAUCAUGUGAAAGAAAAAUGUCUGCUAUGGAUAGUUUUCUGGAAAACUUCGGCAAGCAAGCGAAAUUAAAUUUUGUUUCAAUUGAAAAAGUAGAAAAUUUGGAGAAAAGGCUUAACUCUUGUGUUCUUAAACAGAAUGCUUUGGAGAAUACGUUGCAAAGCUUGACUACGAGAUCCAAGGAAACCAUGAACGAAUUAAAAGAAAAUGCUUUGAAACUGCGCUCAACGGCGGCGGAUUUAGCAUCCAAAAUUGAACGCGGGUGACUUGUAAUUUUUUGCUCAGAAAUAAUAUGCUGAAAUAGUGUACUCGAAAAUUUUAACACAGGUCUACACA